AUGGGGUGUGUUAACAGCCAAGAAGACAAGGCUGCCCAAGAGCGAUCAAAACAGAUCGACAAGUCUCUACGUAUGGAUGGAGAGAAAGCGGCUCGGGAAGUGAAAUUAUUACUUUUAGGGGCUGGUGAAUCCGGAAAGAGUACCAUUGUUAAGCAGAUGAAAAUUAUUCAUGAAAAAGGAUAUUCACAAGAGGAAUGUUUACAAUAUAAACCAGUGGUUUAUAGCAAUACAAUCAA